CCACGCCCAGCUCCCAGCCUCGCACCCGGGCUCAGGAGCUGGCCCUCCCCUGCUGUCUCAGCCACGCCAGGUGACGGCGCAGAGGUGGCCGGGGGCCAGCGGGGCCUGCGGUCAGGCUGUCGAGCCCAGUUCGGCAUGGGUGGGUGGGUGCAGCUGCCUAGAUGUGAGGGGAGCAGGGGACAGCUCCUCACCCUGUGACAAUGGGGGUUCCAUGAAUGGCGAGAAGACAGGUGGGGUUCCCAGAAGGCCCCCAGUGAGCGAUGGCGGGACACGCGGCAAGAAAUUAAAGGUGCCCAUACCUGUCCUAUCGCCGCUUCCAUUCAAACGUGGGACCCCCUCCCGAUUCCCCCCGACCCCUCACCUAACAGGUGCUACAAGGUCGCUGUGGGGGCGGGUGGCUCCUGGCUCCUGGUCCUGUGGCCUUGGCGGCUGUGUGUAUGUGGAGGGGCCGCAGCGCUCUGUCUGUCCCGCCUGCAGGGCCCGGCGAGCCGCCAAGGAGGCCAAGGAGGCCCCCGCCCAGCCGGCGCCAGAGAAGGUCAAGGUGGAGGUGAAGAAGUUUGUGAAGAUCGGCCGCCCGGGUUACAAAGUGACCAAGCAGAGAGACACAGAGAUGGGCCAGCAGAGCCUCCUCUUCCAGAUCGACUACCCGGAGAUCGCCGAGGGCAUCAUGCCACGCCACCGCUUCAUGUCGGCCUACGAGCAGAGGAUCGAGCCCCCGGACCGGCGCUGGCAGUACCUGCUCAUGGCCGCCGAGCCCUAUGAGACCAUCGCCUUCAAGGUGCCAAGCCGGGAGAUUGACAAGGCCGAGGGCAAGUUCUGGACUCACUGGAACCGGGAGACCAAGCAGUUCUUCCUGCAGUUCCACUUCAAGAUGGAGAAGCCACCAGCCCCGCCGAGCCUCCCGGCCGGGCCUCCUGGAGUGAAGCGCCCGCCGCCCCCACUGAUGAAUGGUUUGCCCCCACGGCCGCCACUGCCCGAGUCUUUGCCUCCACCCCCACCAGGAGGCCUGCCUCUGCCCCCCAUGCCACCCAGUGGGCCUGCACCCUCAGGGCCCCCGGGCCCUCCCCAGCUGCCGCCCCCAGCUCCUGGGGUCCAUCCACCAACGUCUGGGGUCCACCCUCCGGCUCCUGGGGUCCACCCCCCAGCCCCAGUGGUCCACCCACCAACAUCUGGGGUCCAUCCCCCUGCUCCCGGGGUCCACCCUCCAGCCCCGGGCGUCCACCCUCCAGCCCCGGGCGUCCACCCUCCCCCAUCUGCAGGAGUGCACCCCCAGGCCCCAGGGGUGCACCCACCAGCUCCGGCAGUUCACCCCCAGGCCCCAGGGGUGCACCCAGCAGCUCCUGGGGUACACCCCCCUGCCCCAGGGAUCCAUCCUCAGCCUCCUGGUGUUCACCCACCUCCUCCUGGAGUUCAUCCUGCAGCUCCUGGGGUCCACCCCCAGCCUCCUGGAGUUCACCCCUCCAAUCCUGGGGUCCACCCCCCAGCUCCCAUGCCCCCAAUGCUGAGGCCCCCGCUGCCCUCCGACGGCCCUGGGAACAUUCCGCCCCCUCCCCCCACCAACUGAGGGUCCACGCUCUCUCCCUGCGAGUCCGCGUUUUGUUUCCUGUUUUCCCUUGUGCUGAAGUCAGUGUUUUGCACGGAGGUGUUUUUUGUACGGAGCCUUCCUGUGUUCCCCAUCUCAUUAAACAGUUUUCUCUGGA